AUGGUGCGGUGGUCACACCUGUUCAGCUCGGACGAUCGUCGUCGACAUCGCCAGCUCCAUGAGGGCCGCAGAUUGCUCCCCGUGCGGCGCAAUGAAGCUAUUCCGCCUGCAUUGCCCGCUAAAGAGGUCACAAAGGUCGCCCUCCGCCUGAAGUACCAGAUUGAACAGGUCAUUCCUUGCGAGCUUGAAGAAAAGGCUUUGACAAAGCCAAAUAGCAGUGUUAUUACCAAGGCUGUUAUUCAGACUGCCCGCGAGGCUGCGGGGGAAUAUAACAAAGCAUGUGUGGUCUACUGCCUGCUGGUGUGUCUCCGAUGGUUCAAGCUACAGGCACGGGUCGAGCUGUGGGAUUCAGACCUUCAUGAGUUAAGGGCUGUGGUCUGUGAGGUGCUUGCGAAGAGGAUAAUCGAGGCUGAGGAAGACCAGGACUACCUUAUGCAAGAGGUGCUCUUGAAGCGCUAUGCGAUCUUCCUUGAUGGAGAAGAUACUCCUCCGGUCAAUGUCAUUGAACGAGCUGUUGACCUCCAUGCGUUGCGAGUAAUCGGGUCUUCAGGAUAUCAGAAAUGCAUCAAAUAUCUCUGGCAUGGCUGGCUGUGCCAGGACGACAAAGACCCGUCCACGUUCAUCGAGAACCCGGAACGAGUCAAUACGCAUUACUGGGCCCAUUUCAACCCAGAUAGACUGAGGGCUCCUAUCUACCAGAAUGCUGUCCAGAUAUUCUUCUCCCUGCUUUACCUUGCCCUGUAUACCGGGGUGAUCAACACAAUUAACCCAUCGGGUGACCUCGAUAUUGUAGAAGGAUUACUCUAUCUGAUGACAUUAGGAUUUAUAUGUGAUGAAAUUGCCAAAUUUUGGAAAGUAGGACGCUUUUACUUUGGCUUCUGGAACGCGUUCAAUUCUACCCUCUAUACCCUUCUCCUUGUCUCCUUCAUCCUCCGCAUCGUUGCCCUCACACGUUCGUCAGAUAGCCAUGAUGCGGAGAGAAUGAAGUUUAAUGCGCUCAGCUAUAACUUCCUAGCGUUUUCCGCCCCGAUGUUCUGGGGCCGUAUAUUGCUUUUCCUAGAUACAUACCGCUUCUUCGGUGCCAUGCUUGUAGUCCUCAAGGUGAUGAUGAAGGAGAGUUUGAUAUUUUUUGCCUUGCUGGCUGUCGUUAUCAUUGGAUUCCUCCAAGGGUUCAUGGGCAUGGAUCAAGCUGAUCCAGGCAAUGCAAUGACGCCCUCCGUUAUUCUCCAGGGCAUGGCAAACACCAUCAUGCAGAGUCCGGAUUUCAGUGUCUUUCAGGAGUUUUCCGCACCCUUUGGCAUUCUACUCUAUUACCUCUUCACCUUCGUGGUGAUGGUUAUCCUCCUGAAUAUCCUCAUCGCGCUCUACAACAGUGCCUACGAAGAUAUUACCGGCAAUGCCACAGACGAGUACAUGGCCCUGUUCGCUCAUAGAACUAUGCAAUUCGUGCGCGCCCCUGAUGAAAACGUUUUUAUUGCUCCCUUCAAUCUAAUUGAAAUCUUCCUUCUCAUUCUCCCCUUCGAAUGGUGGCUCUCCACUGAUAAAUACGAGCGCCUAAACCAUUACGUAAUGGGCGUUAUCUACUCUCCACUUCUCUUCAUCACUGCGUUCAUCGAGACCCUGAACGCGCGCCGUAUCCGCCUCAACCGCCGCCUGGGUGAAGAAGACGACGACGUACUUGAGGAGUGGCAAGCAGCUGCACAGGAUCUCAACAUUGACUUCGAGGCGGACAGUUGGGAUUUGAAAGUUGCGAAGACUAAGCCGAAUGUUGAGGUUGACCCGUGUGUCUUGGAGGUUAGGGAGUUGAAGGGGCAGGUUGUGGAGCUGAUGGAGUUGACAAAGAAGUUGAAAGAGGAGGUGGAGGCUGGCAGAGGAUCGAGUGGAGGUGGAAGUGGAGUGGCGGUGGUUAACGGGGUUCAUGAGGCAGGGGAUGAAGGGAGUGGAGAUGGAAGCGGAAGCGGAAAUGCGGAGCGAUUGGAAGACAUUAACGGGGAGGGGGAUGGGGACGGCCAGGGGUAG